AUGGUUAUAGCUGUAAGUCAAAUCGAAACUUCAGUCACAAACAUUAGCUUUAUAUUUUUAAUGCUUGCUACAUAUCCGGAUAUUCAAUAUAAAGUAUAUGAGGAACUACAUCAAAUUUACUGCUCGGACGAUCCGAAACAUGUUCCAAUAACAUAUAAUGAUAUUAAAAUCACCGACCGGAGAGUGACGCAAGAUAUAGAAGUGAGAGAAGGUUAUACUAUACCGAAAGAUACUUCAGCAGUAUUUCUCAUUUAUAAACUUCAUAGAAGCGCAAAAUAUUGGCCACGGCCAUUAGUAUUCGAUCCCGAUAGGUUCCUACCGGGAAAGAAUUGUUCUACAUAUUUAUUUCCUUUUAGUCAAAAUUUUGCUAUGUUAAAUAUGACAGUAAAUAUUGCUACGCUGAUAAGAAGAUUUCUAAUUAAAAUAAAUAAUCCAAUAGGAAUUUCAGAAAUAAAGAUAAGUCUCACAUUAAAACCGCAUGAAAUAAGGGCUAUUCAUUACAUUUCGUUCGAAACGUGUGUGAUGUCAGCAAUAGAACAAAAUAUGGAUUACAAAACAAGUGAGAAAUGCUGUCUACGAUGCGUCUAUAUAAGCUUGUAUUAA